GAAGAGGCAAGAAAAGCCCCUCUUAAAUCCCCAGCCCCCGAGAGAAACAAGUCACCUGACUUGCCGGAGCUGGCAAGAGCAAGAGACUGGAAGCUGCUGUGGGAGCCCUGCUUUAUUAGCAGCUGUUCAAUCUGGAUUGGACCUCCCUGCAGCUGCACUGGUAUUUCUGGUCCACUACUAAGACCGGACGGUGGGCAGGAAGGACUCUGGAGGAAAGCCCCAAUGCUGGAGCAUCAGGACGCCAGAACAGAGAUGGGAGAAAGGGCUGAUUCUUAGUCCAGGAGCUCCAAUAGCCUGGGACACUGAUGCCAAGCUGGCAGCAGCAAGGAAGGCAAGGAGAGCCAACUGGAAGCUGCACUGGGUGAUGAAGUGACCGUGAGAAAGUCAGCAGCACUUUGAACAAGGUUGAUAUUUGGAAUGCUGUAUCCUGCUUAUUAUUCAUACAAGGCUGUGAAGACAAAAAAUGUGAAGGAAUACGUUCGAUGGAUGAUGUACUGGAUUGUGUUUGCUCUUUAUAGCGUUAUUGAAACAAUAGCAGACCUAAUGGUUUCGUGGUUUCCAUUGUAUUAUGAAUUGAAGAUUGCUUUUGUUGUAUGGCUGCUUUCUCCGUAUACUAGAGGGGCAAGUUUAAUCUAUAGAAAAUUUCUCCAUCCUCUUCUUUCUUCCAAAGAGCGGGAGAUUGAUGAAUACAUUGUGCAAGCCAAAGAACGAGGUUAUGAGACCAUGGUGAAUUUUGGGAGGCAAGGUUUAAAUUUGGCAGCUACUGCUGCAGUUACUGCUGCAGUAAAGAGUCAAGGUGCAAUAACUGAAAGGCUGAGAAGUUUCAGUAUGCAUGAUUUAACAGCUAUUCAAGGAGAUGAGCCUAUAGGACAGAGACCCUAUCAGACUUUACCAGAAACCAGAAGGAAAACCAAAAGUUCAGUCAAUGAAUCUCUGGGUUACAGGAUUCAAUUAGAGAGAAAUUCUGGAGAUGAUAAAACUGAUGAGGAAAUGGAGGGGACACAUUCAGAAGAUGAGAUGUUUGCUCAGAGGGGCCUUCGAAGAUCUCAGAGCAUGAAAUCUGUAAAAAGUAUUAAAGGCCGCAAAGAGAUACGCUAUGGCUCAUUAAAAUAUAAAGUGAAGAAGAGACCUGCGGUGUAUUUUUAAGUGUAUUCCACUAAUAUCUGAAGAUAGUUGCUGUAUUUUAGUAACUUGAUUUCAGCGUAUCAAAUAUCUAGGAUUUGUAUAUAUGAGAGCGGUAAACAUGGUGAUAGGACUUAGUUUUAUCAGUCUAAAUAGCUGAAUAUGCUACUCUCUCUGCUUUUGUUUAAUUGCUUAUCACUUGGACAUGACUCUUACAUUUGACUAGGUCAGAUUCGAAGUUUCCAUAUUUAUUAAAUUUUGUAAGAAAUUAAGUGAAUGACAAAGUGAAGUCUGACUUUCAAAGGUAGUGAGCUGCUACUACUUCCAUUACCAUCAGUUGAAGUUUUAGGUAUUCAGAACUUAAUGAAAAUUAAGCCCAUUCUGUCCCCUAGUUUACGAUGAAAAAGAGAUGUACUAGGAUUUCUGAAAAAGCCUUUGUAUUGGCACAGAAUGUGCAGUUCAAGGAACAAUAGAUAAGGAUGCAGGAAGGAAAAAGGGAAAGACAUUUAAACUUGGCAUGUCCUCAAAGAACCUUCUGUUAUAUUUCUGAGCUGUAACAUAAUUACACUUUAAACAUUAUUUGGUGCAAACCAGGUGUUCACACAGCACUUUAUCUGUACAGAUUUGCACAGUUGUUUACUAAUUUACAUCUGUACAUGUAAUAUUAGUGAUAUUUUUUUAAAGUUAGAUGAGUAGUUGGUUUGUAGUAGGUUUUGUGUUUUGUUGUUGUUUUUAUUCCAGUAGUUAAAUCCUUGUAUUGUCAUCUGUUUCUUCUGCAUCUCCCACGUGCUUUAAUUAAUUGUCACUGUUUUAAGAACUUGGUCGGGUGCCUUUUUGCUUUUUAGGAAGUACUUUUCCUCAAGCACAUUCAAAUAUAAUGCAAUUUAUUUGUAGUUGUUCUCAAUUUCAGGUUGUGGUAGGAAAAAGAUUAUAGCAGUUACUUGGUAUUGGAGACCUGAGUUGUGAUCUGCAACUCAAACUGACAUGAAUAGCUUCUCAGAAAUGAAUUGGAACCGGAGAUUUACUAGGUUUGUGUUAGAUUGUUUAUUUGGUGUCCUACAUGGGUUCUAAUUAGUCUUUAGAAUUUGAUUAUAUGCUUUUCCUUAAUUUCUUUAGCAUUCUUCAGUUAUUACUAAAGCACGUGCAUAAAUUUUCAUAUCUGUUUUCCAGCUAAUUCACUACUACAACCAAGUGUCUGAUAUUGCAGCUGCUUAUACAGUAGUGACUUUGGAUUGUUGCAUGACAUGAGGCUGAUUCUGAAGAAAGUUUUUUUUACACAAAUAUCUCUAACCAAUAGAGACAGGAAAACACUAUGUACAAUUGUGAAGUUGUAUACAUAUCACUAUCUUUUAAAAGGCUACUGUCUUAAGAUCAUGCCAAUAUAUAUCUCUGCUAUAUAGAUCUACUCCAAAUAUGAUAAAUCUAAGCAAAGGCUAGAAGUGCACCGAUAUAUCAGUUGCCUAUUGGAUCGGCACCAAUAAAAGGGGAAAUGACAUCAGCUGUUGGCUUUUGUGUGUCAUCAUAGCCAAUAAUGUUUACUUAUCAUUAUUACUUCUGGCUAGGGUCCUGGACACUUGUGUUCCCUCUCCCUCAUGAGGCCAGAGCCCCUGAAUACCUGGGUUCUCUUAGCCUGCAAGGGGUCCUGCCUGGGGCUGCCAGGAGUGAGAUGCAGGGGGUGCAGGGAGUGAGAUGCAGGGGGUGCUGUGUGCAUGUGCACAGCUGCAUGCAUGCAUGCAUGUGGCCAGGAAUAC